AUGGAGCCGCGGUCGAGAUUCAGCCCAUGCUCCUUGUUGACGGCUUUCCUGAUCCUGCUUCCAAUCUUCGCAUCCGUCAUUUCAUCCCUGCCUGUUUCGGCGUCUGAUGACGACUUGCUGCCAAUGCUCGAUUGGGCUUCAGACGAGGAUGUCCAGCCGAUUUACGUGGCGGUGAAGAGGGCCCAGCGAAUGCCAUUUUCCGGCGGCAUGUAUGGCAAGCGGGCGGCCAUGCCUUUCUCUGGCGGCAUGUACGGGAAGCGGGCGGCGAUGCCGUUCAGCGGUGGGAUGUACGGCAAACGAGCAGCCAUGCCAUUCUCUGGGGGUAUGUACGGCAAACGUGGCGAGCGAAUGCUGCGAUCAAUGCCCCUGAGCGGCGGAAUGUACGGCAGA